AUGGCCGCUGACAAGGAGUACCUUCUGUGGUGCCGCGAAGGUGGCUCGGACGCUCGCGUCUGUCUUGCCAAUUCUCUUUCCCAGUCUUGCUUUGACUGCCUUCACCCUCUUGAGAUGGCUUGCCCUGGUACCUUUGGAGACGCCGAGUUCGACGACUGCCUCGGACACAUCCCCUCUGACAGCUGGUCCAAGAUUAAGGCUUGCAUGAACAACGCUGCCACUGGCUGCGAUGAAAAGCGCUUUGACAUCCUUCACGCCUUUGAGGUUGGUGUGCGUGACGAGGUUGGAACGCAGAACAAGCGGUACGUCUGCAACAAGGACAACCAGAAGGGCGAUGCCGACAUCACUAUGCUCUCCGAGGUGACCUUUUACGACUGCAACCACUACAAUGGCCCCAUUAUUAGCGGAUCUUCUACCGCCUCCAUCAGCAAGCCUGCCAACACUGGCAAGCCCAGCUCCUCUGUUGCUCUAACUGCUGCUACCACCACUGCUGCUCCUACUUCUGCUGGUCGCGUCUCCUCUUCUAUUGUGCCCAACAAUGCUACGAAGACUGUUUGCCCAGGAAACUGCAACAAGCCUACACAGUCUGGCAUUGUCACUGCUGGUGCUGCCCUCCAGGCUGGUGUCAGCGCUGGCCUUGUCCUUGCCGUCCCUGUAAAUCACUACCUCUUUGUUAGGAUAACGUGA